AUGAAGAGACACAAAGUGGAGAUUUUUUUCGUUUUAACUUUGCUUCUAUUGCUGGGAUUGACGAAAUGGGCACGGAUUGGAUUGAGUUCUCUCCAAAUUUUGUUCUCACUCGCCGUGAUCUCUUUGAUCAUUCAUGAGAUUUAUUGGAAAAGACGGAAACUCCCGAAUGGGCCUAUUCCAUGGCUGACUUUAGGCAAUAUGGCAACACUAGCUACAGCCAAUUUCGAUGAUCUAAUGUCAAAAUGGAGGCGAAAAUAUGGCGGAAUUUUCACCGUUUGGAUUGGUCCAUUCCCUUUAGUAAUGGUCAAUGACGUGGGCACGAUGAAAAAAUACUUUGUGCAAAACGGUGAGCUCUUCAGCAAUCGCUGGCGCAACUUUGUCACUGAUUCGUUUAUGAAUGGAGCGAAUGGAUUGAUACAAAUUGAUGGGGAGAAGUGGAGAGAACAAAGAAGAUUCUCUCUGCACGUUCUCCGAAAUUUUGGCGUUGGUCAACAUCGAAUGGAGAGAAAAAUCCUGUCAGAGGUCCGUCACUUAACCUCCUAUCUCCAAAAGAAUGGUGAGAUCGAUUUGUGCACUCCUUUGGCUGUCUGUGUUGGCAAUAUCAUUAACGAUAUGCUUUUUGGAAUCACUUUUCCACAGGGUUCCAUUGAAAUGAAACGUCUUCACUCUUUACUCGACGCUCAAUCGAAACUCGUUGUCAACCCAUUGAUGGGUCUCUACAUAGCGGCUCCUUUCGCCACAAAAAUCCCUUUCUUGAAUAAGCCGUGGUUGGAGUUGAUCAAGCAUCGAGAUCAUUUAUGGGAUUUUCUAGGGAAACAAGUACAAAGUCACAUUGAAAUGUUUAACAAUGGUCAUUCCACCAUUGACGAUUUUACCUUUGCUUAUUUGGAAGAAAUGGAUCGAAGAAAAGAGAUUGGAGAAACGGGAUAUUUCAACGAAUGGCAACUUCAAAUGUUGUUAUUGGAUUUGUUCUUUGCUGGAAUGGAGACAACGGUGACCACUCUAAAAUGGGCUUUUCUACUUAUGAUUACCCAUCCGGUAGUGAUGAAAAAUGUGCAGAAAGAACUGGAUUGCUUGAAUGUGAGUGAGGUGGGGCUACGUGAGCGAUCACUCACCCCGUAUACACAAGCUGUCAUUUGUGAGAUUCAACGAAUAGCCAAUAUACUACCGAUUAACUUAUUGCGUACGGUGUGCGAUGAUGUGGAAAUUGACGGGUACACAUUUCCAAAGGGAACGAUGGUGAUUCCACAGAUCUCAAUAAUGCUCAACGAUGAGACGGUUUUCGAGGAGCCGAAAGAGUUUCGCCCAGAACGUUUCCUGGAUGAUGAAGGGAAACUCAAGCGAAUCGAUCAAUUUAUGCCAUUUUCUCUGGGUCGUCGCCAAUGUUUGGGCGAGUCGCUCGCGCGGGCUGAGCUCUUUCUAAUCUUCUCAAAUGUUAUCAAAGAAUUCGAUAUUUUGCCCGUUCCAGGCGAGAUCUAUUCAAGAAAAAGAGCGCUCGGUUUAACUGUUUCCCCUCAAAAGUACCGUGUCCAUUUGGUGCCCCGGAAGCUCGACACCAACAUGAAUCCAGUC